AUGGCGGCGGCGGCGGCGGCUCUGCAGCAGUCGACGGCGGCUCUGAAGGGAAGGAAUCCGGCGGUGAGGGGGGCGGCGGCGCCGAUCUCCACCGCCGUGAGGUCCCUCCCUCUCCGAUCAUCGUCGUCCAUUGCUGCCAUCCCCGGCGCCCUCCGCCUCUCCAGGACGGCGGUCGUCGACGCGGUCAGGCGGCGCCGCCGCAGUGGCGGGGCGACGAUGAUGGACACGGCGGCGGGAAGCUACGCGGCGGCGCUCACCGACGUCGCCAAGGCCAACGGAACUCUGGAAGCGACGAGCGCGGACAUGGACAAGCUGUCGACGAUCUUCUCCGACGAAUCCGUCUACAAAUACUUCGCCAAUCCGACGGUGAGCGUGGAGAGUAAGCUGGAGCUCGUCGGCGACAUCGCCAAGACGUCGUCGCUACAGCCGCACACGGCGAAUUUCCUGAGUAUCUUGGUGGAGAUGAAGCGGACGGAGUUGGUGAAGGAGAUCGCCAAGGAGUUCGAGAAGUGCUACAACCAGCUCACUGGGACGGAGGUGGCGGUGGUGACAUCCGUGGUGCCGCUGGAAUCGCAGCAUCUCGCUCAGAUCGCCAAGUCCAUUCAGCGGCUGACGAAGGCGAAGAACGUGAGGGUCAAGACCACGCUGGAUCCCUCCCUGGUGGCCGGAUUCACCAUCCGGUACGGUUCCUCCGGAUCCAAGUUCAUCGACAUGAGCGUGAAGAAGCAGCUCGCGGAGAUCGCCAAGCAGCUCGACUUCUCCGACAUCACCCUCGCCUCCUAG